CGCGUUCUCCCGCCGCUGCCGGGCGGAGCGAAGGUGGAUGGAGUUGGGGGGCCUCGGAAUGAGUCACCAUGGCCCUCUGCACACAGCUGAUGCUCCUCCUGUGGAAAAACUACACCUACCGACGGAGACAACCGAUUCAGCUUCUAGUGGAGCUGCUGUGGCCCCUUUUCCUCUUCUUCAUCCUGGUAGCGGUCCGCCACUCCCACCCGCCACUGGAGCACCACGAAUGCCACUUUCCAAAUAAGCCAUUACCUUCGGCGGGCCCGAUGCCCUGGCUGCAGGGCCUCGUCUGCAAUGUAAACAACUCCUGCUUCCGACACCCGACGCCGGGCGAGUCGCCGGGGGUCCUGAGCAACUUUAAGGAUUCCCUGAUCUCCAGGCUCCUCGCCGACGCCCGCACAGUGCUGGGGGGCCGCAGCACCCGGGACAUGCUGGCUGCCCUGGGGAAACUGAUGCCCCUGCUCAGGGUCGGAGGCGGAGCCUGGCCACGGGAGAGUAAUCAAACUUCGGUGACCACGAAGCUCCUGGAGAAGAUCCUGCAGGGGGCAGCCCCGGAACCCGUGCUGGGUCAAGCCGAGGAUCCCAUGAAGAAGUUCUUGGAUGCUAGCAGAGAUCUUACCCAGGAGCUCCUGACGCUGCCCAGCCUGACGGAGCUCCGGGCUUUGCUGCGGAGGUCCCGAGGGUUGGCUGGUUCUCUGGAGCUGCUUUCUGAGGCCCUCUGCGGUAGCAAGGGGCCCAGCAGACCUGGGGGCCUCUCCCUCAACUGGUACGACGUCAGCCAGCUCGAUGAGUUCAUGGGGCCAGAGGUGGCACCUGCCUUGCCCGACAGCAGCCUUAGCCCUGCCUGCUCUGAGCUCACGGGCAUGCUGGGUGACCACCCUUUGUCUCGACUGCUUUGGAGGCGCCUGAAGCCGUUGAUCCUCGGGAAAAUUCUCUUUGCACCUGACACCAACUUCACCCGGGAGCUCAUGGCUCAGGUGAACCAGACCUUCGAGCGGUUGUCUCUGUUGAGGGACCUACACAAGGUCUGGGAAGCGCUGGGACCCCAGAUCUUGAGCUUCAUGAAUGACAGUUCCAACGUGGCCUUACUUCAGAGACUGCUGGGAGUGGAGGACACAGGGCUGAGGCAGGAGACACCCCGAGGCCAGAAGCAGUUAGAGGCUGUCAGAGACUUUCUGGACCCCAGCAGGGGUGGCUACAGCUGGCAGGAGGCCCAUUCGGACAUAGGACGCCUGGCAGGAAUACUGGGCAAAGUCAUGGAGUGUGUGUCCCUGAACAAGCUGGAGGCUGUGCCCUCAGAGGCGGCUCUGGUGUCCCGUGCCCUGGAGCUGCUGGGUGAGCACCGCCUCUGGGCGGGCAUCGUCUUCCUGAGCCCGGAGGACCCUCUGGAGCCAUCCGAGCUGUCAUCUCCAGCCUUGGGUCCUGGCCACCUGAGAUUCAAGAUUCGGAUGGACAUCGAUGAUGUCAUGAGGACCAAUAAGAUCAGGGACAAGUUUUGGGACCCAGGUCCGUCAGCGGACCCCCUCAUGGACCUCCGGUACGUGUGGGGCGGCUUCGUGUACCUGCAGGACCUGCUGGAGCAGGCGGCCGUGCGCGUGCUGAGCGGCAGGGACUCCCGCACGGGCCUCUAUCUGCAGCAGAUGCCAUACCCCUGCUACGUGGACGAUGUGUUCCUGCGCGUGCUGAGCCGGUCUCUGCCGCUGUUUCUCACUCUGGCCUGGAUCUAUUCGGUGGCGCUCACCGUGAAGGCCGUGGUUCGCGAGAAGGAGACGCGGCUGCGAGAAACCAUGCGAGCCAUGGGGCUGAGCCGCGCGGUGCUCUGGCUCGGCUGGUUCCUCAGCUGCCUGGGGCCCUUCCUGGUCAGCGCGGCCCUGCUGGUGCUGGUGCUCAAGCUCGGGGACAUCCUCCCUUACAGCCACCCGCUCGUGGUCUUCCUCUUCUUGGCGGCCUUCGCGGUGGCCACGGUGGCUCAGAGUUUUCUGCUCAGCGCCUUCUUCUCCAGGGCCAACCUGGCAGCAGCCUGUGGGGGCCUGAUCUACUUCUCGCUCUACCUGCCCUACGUGCUGUGCGUCGCCUGGCGCGAGCUCCUGCCCCUGGGUGGCCGUGCAGCUGCGAGCCUGCUGUCCCCCGUGGCCUUUGGCUUCGGAUGCGAAAGCCUGGCUCUGCUGGAGGAGCAGGGGGACGGGGCCCAGUGGCACAAUGUGGGCACAGGCCCCUCGGAGGACGUCUUCAGCCUGGCGCAGGUGUCCGCCUUCCUUCUGCUUGACGCCGCUCUCUACGGCCUUGCCCUCUGGUACCUAGAGGCUGUAUGCCCAGGCCAGUAUGGGAUCCCCGAACCAUGGAAUUUCCCCUUCCGGUGGAGCUACUGGUGUGGGCCUGAACCUCCGCAGAGUUCUGGCUUGGCCCCUGCCACGCAAGAUCCCAACGUUCUGGUGGAGGAGCCCCCACCCGGCCUGAGCCCUGGUGUCUCCAUUCGAGGCCUGAAGAAGCAUUUUCGAGGCUGCCCACAGCCAGCUCUGCGAGGGCUCAGCAUUGACUUCUACCAAGGCUACAUCACAGCCUUUCUGGGCCAUAACGGGGCUGGCAAGACAACCACGCUGUCCAUCUUGAGUGGUCUCUUCCCGCCCAGUGCUGGCUCAGCGUCCAUCCUGGGCCAUGACGUGCAAACCAACAUGGCAGCCAUCAGGCCCCACCUGGGCAUCUGCCCACAGCACAAUGUGCUGUUUGACAUGCUGACCGUGAAGGAGCACGUGUGGUUCUAUGGGCGCCUGAAAGGCGUGAGCGCAGCCGCCAUCGGCCCCGAGCAGGAGCACCUGAUCGAAGAUGUGGGGCUCAGCCCCAAGGGGGACACACAGACACGCCACCUCUCCGGCGGGAUGCAGAGAAAACUGUCGGUGGCCAUUGCCUUUGUGGGCGGCUCUCGCGUGGUCAUCCUGGAUGAGCCCACCGCCGGCGUGGACCCUGCCUCCCGCCGUGGCAUUUGGGAGCUGCUGCUUAAAUACAGAGAAGGGCGAACGCUGAUCCUCUCCACUCACCACCUGGAUGAGGCAGAGCUCCUGGGAGAUCGAGUGGCCAUGGUGGCAGGUGGCUCUCUGUGCUGCUAUGGGUCCCCGCUUUUCUUGCGCCGACACUUGGGCUGCGGUUACUAUCUGACGCUGGUGAAGAAUUCUCAGUCCGUUGUCACCAGUGACUUGAAGGCAGACAGCGGAGACCCCAGACGGGAGCAGAAGCCAGAGAGCAAGGGCAACAUGGCAGAGACAGCCUUCACCGGAGGAACCUUGGACAGGGGCAGCCAGGCCCCAGCUCCUGACACAGCCCCAACCACCGCAAGUACAGCCCCCAUACUAGAGCUAGUGCGUCGUCAUGUGCCCGGCGCACAGCUGGUGGAGGAACUGCCCCAUGAGCUGGUGCUGGCAUUGCCAUACGCGGGUGCCCUGGACGGCAGCUUUGCCAUGGUCUUCCACGAGCUGGAUCGACAGCUGGAGGCACUGGGGCUCACCGGCUAUGGGAUCUCGGACACCAGCCUGGAGGAGAUCUUCCUGAAGGUGGUAGAGGACUCAUACAGAAGAGGCAGUGACUCCAGACAGCAGCUGCACCCACGCUUGGCCACUCUGCAGCCCCACACAGGGCCAGAGGCAUCAGCCCAGGAGAACGGGGAGCUGGCUAAGCUGAUGCUGGGUCCCCAGACCCCACAGAGCUCUGCACCCAACACCACCCAAGUGCAGGGAUGGACACUCACCUGCCAGCAGCUCCGGGCUCUGCUCCACAAGCGUUUCCUGCUCGCUCGGCGCAGCCACAGGGGUCUGUUCGCACAGAUCGUGCUGCCCGCCCUGUUUGUGGGCCUGUCCCUGCUCUUCAGCCUCAUCGUGCCUCCUUUCCACCAGUACCCGCCCCUGAAGCUCAGCCCCGCUAUGUACGGCCCCCAGGUCUCCUUCUUCAGUGAUGAUGCCCCCGGGGACCCCAACCGGGUGAAAGUGCUGGAGGCGCUGCUGGGGGAGGCCGGACUGCAGGACCCCAGGGCACAGCCUGCCUGGGGAUCCGAGUGCACACACUCUCUCCCUUGCCGCUUCUCGGUCCCCGAGGUCCCUGCAGAGGUGGCCAGAGUCCUGGCCAGCGGCAACUGGACUCCCGAGUUUCCUUCCCCAGCCUGCCAGUGCAGCCAGCCUGGAGCCCGCCGCCUGUUGCCCAGUUGCCCGGCUGGGGCUGGGGGUCUGCCACCUCCCCAGGCCAUGGUGGGCUUCGGGGAGGUGGUCCAGAACCUCACCGGCCGGAAUGUGUCUGACUUCCUUGUGAAGACGUACCCCAGCCUGGUGCGCCGAGGCCUGAAGACUAAGAAGUGGGUGGACGAGGUCAGAUACGGGGGCUUUUCCCUGGGAGGCCGAGACCCAGACCUGCCCUCAGGGCAUGAGGUGAUCCGCACAGUGGCAGAGAUCCGAGCACUGCUGAGCCCCCAGCCUGGCAACGCCCUAGACCAUGUCCUGGACAACCUCACUCAGUGGGCCCUCGGUCUUGAUGCCCAGAACAACCUUAAGAUCUGGUUCAACAACAAGGGCUGGCACGCCAUGGUGGCCUUCGUGAACCGAGCCAACAACGCACUUCUACACGCCCUCCUACCACGGGGCCCCGCCAGCCGUGCCCACAGCAUCACGACGCUCAACCACCCCUUGAACCUGACCAAGGAGCAGCUGUCUGAGGUCGCGCUAAUGGCUUCCUCAGUGGAUGUGCUUGUCUCCAUCUGUGUGGUCUUCGCCAUGUCAUUUGUCCCAGCCAGCUUCAUCCUGGUCCUCAUAGAGGAACGUGUCACCAGAGCCAAGCACCUGCAACUGGUCAGCGGUCUGCCCCAAAUACUCUACUGGUUUGGCAACUUCCUCUGGGACAUGUGUAACUACUUGGUGGCAGUUUGCAUAGUGGUGCUCAUCUUCCUGGCCUUUCAGCAAAGGGCCUAUGUGGCCCCAGAGAACCUGCCUGCCCUCUUACUCUUGCUACUGCUGUAUGGCUGGUCUAUCACGCCACUCAUGUACCCAGCCUCCUUCUUCUUCUCCGUGCCCAGCACGGCCUAUGUGGUGCUCACCUGCAUCAACCUCUUCAUUGGCAUCAACAGCAGCAUGGCCACUUUUGUGCUGGAAAUGCUGUCAGAUCAGGACCUGCAAGAAGUGAGCCGGAUCCUGAAGCAAGUGUUUCUUAUCUUCCCCCACUUCUGCCUCGGCCGAGGGCUCAUUGACAUGGUGCGGAACCAGGCCAUGGCGGACACCUUUGAGCGCUUGGGAGACAAGCAAUUCCAGUCACCCCUACGCUGGGACAUCAUUGGCAAGAACCUCCUGGCCAUGGUGGCCCAGGGGCCCCUGUUCCUGCUCAUUACCCUCCUGCUCCAACACCGAAACCGCCUUCUGCCAAAACCAAAACUGAGACUGCUGCCGCCCCUGGGGAUGGAGGAUGAGGACGUGGCUCGAGAGCGGGAGCGGGUGACCAAGGGGGCUACCCAGGGGGACGUGCUGGUCCUCAGGGACUUGACCAAGGUGUACCGUGGGCAGAAGGGCCCAGCUGUGGAUCGACUGUGCCUGGGGAUCCCCGCUGGGGAGUGUUUCGGGCUGCUGGGUGUCAACGGAGCAGGGAAGACAUCCACCUUCCGCAUGGUGACGGGGGACACGCUGCCCAGCAGUGGUGAAGCCGUGCUGGCAGGCCACAACGUGGCCCAGGAACCAGCUGCCGCGCACCGCAGCAUGGGCUACUGUCCCCAGUCUGACGCCAUCUUCGACCUGCUGACCGGCCGGGAACACCUGGAACUGUUCGCGCGCCUGCGCGGGGUGCCCGAGGCCCAAGUUGCCCAGACGGCAGUCUCCGGCCUGGUGCGCCUGGGCCUCCCUAGCUAUGCAGACCGACCUGCGGGGACCUACAGCGGAGGGAACAAACGGAAGCUGGCGACAGCCCUGGCUCUGGUUGGUGAUCCGGCCGUGGUCUUCCUGGACGAGCCCACCACAGGCAUGGACCCAAGUGCGCGGCGAUUUCUUUGGAACAGCCUGCUGUCGGUAGUGCGUGAGGGCCGUUCCGUCGUGCUCACGUCGCACAGCAUGGAGGAGUGCGAAGCGCUCUGCACGCGCCUGGCCAUCAUGGUGAACGGGAGGUUCCGCUGUCUGGGAAGCGCUCAGCAUCUCAAAGGCAGGUUCGGGGCUGGCCAUACACUAACCCUCAGGGUCCCACCGGAGCAGCCAGGAGCAGCAAAGGCCUUCGUCCAGGCCACCUUCCCCGGGGCUGAGCUCCGGGAGGCGCAUGGCAGCCGUCUGCGCUUCCAGCUGCCUCGUGGGGCCGGAUGCAGCCUGGAGCGGGUGUUCAGGGAGCUGGCAGCGCAAGGCCAGGCCCACGGGGUGGAGGACUUCUCCGUGAGCCAGACCACUCUGGAGGAGGUGUUCCUCUAUUUCUCCAAAGACCAAGGGGGCGAGGAGGAGGGCAGCCGGCAGGAGAGUGGAGCCGGGGAGGUUUCUGCGUCCAGCCAGCGGCACCCCAGCCGUGUCCACCGAUUCCUGGAAGACCCCAGCUAUGUGGAGACCAUGCUCUGAGCACCCCUGCCUUGGGACAGAGUGGCAAAGCGCAGACAGGGUCUCCGCAGCAUGCGCUGGUCCCCUGACAGC